AUUCGUUUCAGUUGCAGUUCGGAAGCGGAAUCGGCUCGGAUGUGGAAUAUUUCAACUUUGUACACUCGUAUUUUCCACUUGAAAGAAUCGGCUGAAAAAAGCGGCACAGAACAGACCGAUAAAACUUUCCUCUUACUUUCGCUUUUCGCCGUCGGAUAACAUUUUCGAGUUUUGUUUUUUUAUUUGUGUUCCGGGUUUCUAAUUUCCAUUUAAAAACCAUUCCCAAACCCAUGAAAUCGAAUAAAAUCCGUUAAACUGUCAGUGAAACAAAAAGUUUUUAUAACGUUUCGCAGUUUGGUUAGUACUUUCGCUGCUUCUGGCUGUUUAUCGUGUGUGUUGCUUUGGUGCUGAUUUUCGCGGGGGACGCACAAUUUUCCAUUUGGCUUGGAGCUUCAAGUUCUACGAAACCACCCCCACCAUUGUAAAUCCCAUCGCUUGUGGCCUCUAACAAUAUGGAAACAGUAGCGAAAAAGGGCAUGGAGAGCUACAGGUUCGGCAGUGUGGACUAUGUAGUUUUCCUGGGGAUGAUCGUUUUAUCCACCAGCACGGGAAUCUAUUUCGGGUGCAUCAAGAAGAACAAGAGGAAGCUCGAGGAGGCGGAACCGACUUUACCGACCACAAUGCCAGAAAGGCGAAAACACGAUUUCGGAUCGGAGAAAAUGAGCGAGUAUCUGCUCGGGUCACGCAAUCUGAAAGUUUUCCCUGUUGCCAUGAGUCUGAUAGCCAGCUAUAUAUCGGGAGUGACGAUACUGGGCACCACCUCGGAAAUCUACAAUUAUGGCACGCAAUAUUGGUUUAUAGCCAUCGCAAUCGUGCUCCAAGGCAUCGCCGUCUCCUAUGUCUACAUACCCGUAUUCUCGGCUCUUCAAGUAGGCUCUUCAUAUGAGUACUUGGAAAUGCGUUUUCAUUCGAUCAUAAGGAGCAUAGCGUCGUUUAUGUUUAUACUGGAUGAGAUACUGUUUCUGCCUUUCAUUGUAUAUGUGCCAGCUAUAGCUCUGAAUCAAGUUUCUGGAAUUAAUCUCCAUGUGAUUGCAGUUGUUAUUGUUGUUGUUUGCGUUUUCUACACUUUUGUGGGAGGAAUCAAGGCAGUGGUCCAUACCGAUGCCUGGCAAGUUUUAGUGAUGUUCCUUUCGGUCGUUGCAGUGGCAAUUUUAGCAACAGUGUACGCCAACGGGUUAGAUGUCCUGUUUGAUGAUGCUGCUAAAGGCGGCCGAUUGAUCUUUAGCAACACAAAUCCCUCGCCAUAUGUUCGCCAUACUGUUUGGAGUGUACUCAUCGGUGGAUUCUCCUAUUGGACAUCUUUUAAUGCUGUCAAUCAAACGAUGGUGCAACGGUACAUGUCUCUUCCCUCGCUGAAGAAAGCGCGUGCUUCUAUGGCCAUUUUCACCGUUGGAGUGGCUGCCUUUGUCUCAGUUUGUUGUUAUGUGGGACUGUUGAUCUUCGAGAUGUACAAAGACUGCGAUCCUCUGAGUGCGGGGCUUAUUACACACGAUGAUCAACUCCUGCCUUUAUUUGUCGUCCAAAGUGUGGGGCACAUCUAUGGAAUGUCUGGUUUGUUUAUAGCCGGUAUAUUUGGAGCUGCAUUGAGUUCUCUCUCCGUCGUUCUUAAUUCCACGUCUUUGGUGAUCUUGGAGGAUAUAGUUCGCGGCUGCUUCAAGAUGCAACCAAGUGAAAGAGCCUCCACCAUUUUGGUCAAGUCAACUAUUAUAGUUCUUGGCUUAGUGGCCCUCUCACUGGUGUUUGUCCUGGAGCAACUGAGUGGAAUCUUGAGCAUUUGCACUUCAAUGACGGCCAUCGCAGCUGGAACCACUUUUGGCCUGUUCACCCUGGGAAUGCUCGUUCCCUGGGCCAAUACUGUGGGCACUGCUGUGGGCGGAAUUGCAAGUGCUUUGCUCGCCGGCUGGAUAUCCUUUGGAACGCAGUUUACUAUUGCAGCGGGUGAACUGAACUCCCAAAAGCUUCCCGUAUCGGUGGAGGGUUGUGUGGGUAAUGUAACCCUUCGGGAAAAUGUUUGGGUGGAUGAGGAGCAAGUGUUUCCGUUGUAUCGUCUGUCUUACCAUUGGAUUAAUCCUAUUGGUGUGGCCACAGUCAUUGUAGUGGGUGCCUUGGUCUCCCUUGUGACGAAACCAACAAACAUAAAGACUCUGGAUCCGGACCUAAUAUCGCCUGUUAUUCACAGGUUCCUUCCGAAGGAAUGCUUUAACGGUCGCAAUCCCCCCGCGCAGGCGCACAAAAACCUUUUGAAUGUCUCCUAAAACUGACCCGCCAUUACUUUCUGUGCCAAACUAAAUGGAUUUGGUUAAGCUAAUGGGCUUCUAUACCUGUGGCAUUGUAUUCCACAUACCCUUUUUUGUUAGCAUAUUAUGUAGUUGUAGUUGUUUUGUGGUAGUUACUUUAUAGAUAGCCUAUUCUAGUACAAUGCGAUCCAACUAUUGGAUUGUAAAACACAAAACGAAGUACAGGAACCUAUGAAUCUGCAUCUCCAGCUCCAGAGUGCACAAUCAUUAGCGUAGAUUAUUAUUGUAUUAUAAUAUAGCUUUAUUUAAUUGUUCUGUUCGUAUCUGUUCUUUACUUUCCAGCUUAUGUUCAAGCACUUUUUUUGGCAUUUUCGAUUUGUAGUCAGCAGACUGUGUCUCAUAAUGUAUUCCGUGUGACUUUACAAGCAUAAUGUCUGUGAUAAAUUCAAUAAAUAGAUCAUACACACA